AGGAGCUGGUUCUUGAUAACUGCCGUUCGGACGAUGGGAAGAUCGUUGGUCUCUCUUCAGAUUUCGAGAACCUGGAGUUCCUCAGCAUGAUCAACAUCAACUUGCUGUCCGUCUCCAAUCUCCCCAAACUCAACAAACUCCGGAAGCUGGAGCUGAGUGAUAACAGGAUUUCUGGUGGCCUUGAAGUUCUAGCAGAGAGAACUCCUAACCUGACACACUUGAAUCUAAGCGGCAACAAGAUCAAAGACAUCAAUACUCUGGAGCCCUUGAAAAAGUUGCCAAACCUGCAUAGUCUGGACCUCUUCAACUGUGAGGUGACAAUGCUCAUCAACUACCGGGAGAGCGUGUUCAAGCUUCUGCCCCAGCUCACCUACCUAGACGGAUUUGAUGCUGAUGACCAGGAAGCCCCUGACUCAGACCCUGAAGCAGAUGGGGAUGGACUGGAAGACGAGUAUGAGAAUGGAGAAGUACUUGAGAACCGUGACGCUCACCUUCCUCUCCGUUUGGUAGAAGGUGAGGAAGAGGAUGACGAUGAAGAUGAAGAUGAUUUGGAUGAAGAAGUCAUUGAUGAUGAAGAAGAUGAAGACGAUGAUCUGGAAGGUGAAGAGGAGGAGGACGGAGUAGAUGAUGAGGAGGAAGAUGAGGAGGAAGAUGGAGAGGAUGAUGAAGAAGAUGAAGCUGAUGAUGACCUUCCGCGAGGGGAAAAGAGAAAACGAAAUCUAGAGGAUGAAGGAGAGGAAGAUCCAGAAGACGAAGAGGACGAUGAGGAUGACUGAUCCAAGCGAGCCAAUCAGUUUUACAGACUAUGACUGUGCUUGUCUUAACCUCCCUGUUGUGUCUAUGUGAGACUGUAAAUCCCUGUCUCCCACUCCUCCCCCCUUUGUAUGGCUGCAGCAUCCACAAUAUAUUUUUUUAAGAUGUAGAAUACUGUAGGCAUUCAGGGGAAUCUUCCAUACAAGGCUCACUUUCUCACAAGUAUCUCAUGACCAAAGGCUUUCUCCGUUCUGUGGUUUGUGCAGCAGUUUGCAAAA